AUGAAGUUCGUUGCGUUGCUGUUAUCCAGCUUGGCUACCAGCGUUAUUGGGGCCCCAGUGCUCUCGUGUUCCGACAAGACCGUAACGGUAGCAUUCGGUAGCCGACUGCACGUUGGCGAAAUUCUAGUGCAGGUAAACCAGGAAGAUCUUUGUCGAGACGACUGCAGUGUUCUCUUUCGUGAGAUUGUGGAAGAUCGUGGCGAUGGCGUUUACGGUACUACGGCAGCCACCUUUUCGCAGGUCUUUCCUGCGGACACGUACGAUGCGUCGAAUGCCAAUGUGGCCAUUGAAUCCGUGCUUCCCGCCUGUGGAGAAGAAGAAAGUGACAAUGAGGAAAUCACCACCAUGAUUCGUCGCAGAUUGCAAGAGGUGACCGUUGCUCCCACAACUGAAGCUCCUUCGGUAUCCGCAGCUCCAUCGGUAUCCCCAGCACCGUCUCCCAGCGAGAUUGCUCGAGGCAAGGACUACGAUGAUUACUACUCCGAAUCCACUUCCAAAGAUUACUAUGAUGACGACAAGUAUCAGGGUAGUGGAGAUGACGCUUGCAGACAAUUCCUGGAUGCCACCAAGAAGUUCGUCUUUGAAAUGUACUGCAUUAUUCGAAACCUGGAAUGUACCGAGUACAACCCAGGGGAUCAUGACGACCAAACCAACGACGACCAUCCCUACGACGACUACAAUGACAAGGAUAAACGUCGAAGGCUGUUGGAAGUGGACGAACCGGCGUUCAAGAAAACCAAAAGCAGACGCAUGAAAGGAGUCAAGGGAGCAUCCUCAUCUAAGCGAGGUCUAGAGGGCAAAAACGAAGACCCUGGCAAAAACGAAGACCCUGGCAAUGCCGAUGCCGCUGGCGACGGCGAUGGCGAUGGCGACGGUGGUGGUCUUACUAUCAACUGGGAUUACGAAGAGCCCGAACCCACGCAAGCCACGGUAACAGAAGACAGCGCCACUGUCCAAGAGGAAGGAGGCAAAGGAGGAGGCGGAAAGAACGAUGGCUACGAAGAGCCGGCUUAUGAUGACAGAUACGUGGACGAUCAUUAUGACGAUGACGACUUCUUUGACGACGACGACGCUUAUGACGGAGACGGAGGCAACUUUUGGAAGAUUCUGGACGCUGUGUUUGGAUAUGUCGAGGCCAUCCUCUGCAUCUUCGGAUAUUGCCCCGAAAAGGAAGAGCCCCAUGACGACAAAUACUAUGGUGAUGAUAAAUACUAUGAUGAUAAGUACAAGGACGACAAACACCGCUUACUGUCGCUUUCGGAGGAAGUGCCUCAAACGAAAUCCUGGAUGCCUUGGUUGUUUGCUGGAGCUAAGGAUGGUAACAAUCAGGAUACGAUUCCCACUUUUGCAGAUGAUUGGUUGACCUUGAAGGAUGAUGGAACAUGUUCCUUCACCGGCUGCACUCAUGUUGACUUUCCUACCGAGUGUUUCUUCCAAGGCCACCAGUUCACAAGAGACUCUUGUCGCGACUCUUUGGAUCAGUGGUUCCCCGGAGAGAGCACCUGGGACACGUUUACUUCUGCCUGCGUGAGCCAAGACUAUUGCUAUGCCAGCAAUGUCUUUGAGCAAACUCUCUGUGAUGAACAGUUCUACAAGAGCUUGUUGCACUCAUGCCCCAAGAGCAGCAAUACUGACCAGCUCGUCCUUUCGAGUGGAAUUCGCCUGCAUAUGGUGGACUUGCACGAGCAUUGCUCUUUGGUUUCCAUCCUGCUCUAUUCACAGACACAACUACAACGUGAUGACAUCUAUCAAAAGACACAAGCAUACCAGAGUCGGUUUGAAAGAAAAGACUGUCACCAUCACUGA